UCCAAUAAAUACAUCCUGGUGCACAUUUUUUUUUACUCAAAAAUCGUUUUUUUCUCACCUUUACGCGUAAUGGCUCCACGGGCAAAGAAACGCCCCCACCACGAGUGUCCCCAAUGUGGCAAAAUAUUUAAGACGGGGUUCGAGCUUCGCAAACACGUAAUCACUCAUGAUCCCGACGCCAAAGUAAAAUGCCAAAUUUGCAGAAAAACGUACAAAAACCCGGUGUCCUUAAAACAUCACGUGUCCCUUAUUCACACCAACCGAGUCCGAUUUCCGUGUCCCACGUGUCGCCAAACGUUUGCCGAGCUUUCGUAUUUACAACGCCACGAGGCCACAGUGCACGCUGCGGAGCCCCGACCAUGCCUCCCGUGCAAGUUUGAAAGAUGCGAAAAAACUUAUCUUGAUAAGGCGGCUUUGCGAAGUCACGUGAAAAUGGAGCAUUCUGACAACCCCGUCCGUUUUCCGUGCCCCCUGUGCGGAAGGGAGUUUAAACAAAGGGGAAGCCUCCGGACGCACAUUGCCAUCCAUACGACGGAGAAGACGUACAAGUGCACCACGUGUGGGAGGAGUUUCGCGACGUUGGUCUGUAUGAAAAACCAUGAGGACACCCACAAAGAUAAAUCAACUCGACCCCUUAUUCCGUGUCACCACUGUAAUAAGAAAUUCUUAAGUAAAACGGCCAUGCUAAAUCACAUCCGGAAGGAAAAAGAAAAUCGAAAAAAAUACCCGUGCGAAUUUUGCAAAAAGAGAUUCAGAUUUGAAUCCAAUGCAAAACGACAUAUGAAAAUGGAUCACCCAUUACGUGUGAAUCCGGUCCGUUCGUGUGAUAAAUGUGAAUUCAGAACCUACUCGGAAGACUUAUGGACGAGACACGUGGCCCAACACGAGAAAAGGAGCACGUGUUAUUUCUGCGGCAAAAAGUUUCACGAAUUUCAAGAAUUAGUACAACAUUGUGGGAGAAGGCAUACCUUGGAAGUUUAAAAUGGGCAAAGUGAGCCUCUCACUCACAAUGGAACAUUUCUUCACGCUGGUCCGGGAUUGUCUACGAUUCAUGUCAAAAAAGCAAACACAAAAUUAGAACUCACAUGGCGCUUAUCAUUCCGUCGAAUUUCAAGAAGAAUAUUGGGGUCAAAGUACCCAGGGGCUCGUUGGAGGAAAUUUUCCAAAAAAAUUGAAA